UUUCACCCGUGACCGACAGCGCUGUUUUCACAGUCGAAGAAGAACUGACGUCACAAACGUCUAUCGGCUAAGCGGCUAGCUUUAUGCUAGCUUGUAAACACUAAUGAUUAUUGUCAGGAUCGUUUAUUCGGAAUGGGAAAAAGAGAUAAUCGGGUGGCGUACAUUAACCCCAUUGCGGCUGCUCGAGCCAGGGGCCCAGCACAGGCCUCGGGACCAACCAUACAGGACUACCUGAGCAGACCUCGGCCAACAUGGGAAGAGCUGAAGGAGCAGCUGGAGAAGAAGAAAAAGGGCUCUCGACUUCUUGCAGACUUUGAGGACAAAAUGAACGAGAGGUGGAGGAAGGAGCUGGCUAAAAACAGAGAAAAGAGGCUCGGUGACAAAGAGCGGGACAAGAAGUCUGUGGAUAAAGUAGAGAACAAAGACAAAAAAGAGAAAAAGAAGAAGGAGAAGAAGAAGUCUAGCAGGCAUUCUUCAUCUUCCUCCUCCUCAUCGAGUUCUGAUUCUUCCAGCAGCUCCUCCUCAGAGUCUGGAGAGAAGGAUGAAAAGAAGAGUUUGAAGAAAAAGCGUAAGAGGAAGAACUCUUUAGCUAGAAGAGUGUCGGACAGUCCAGAAGAAGAGUCGGAUUCUGAAAGCAAGAAAAGGAAGCGAAUCAAGGAAGAAGGAGAUAAGGAAAAGAUUGAAAAGGGCCGUGGCAGGAAGAGGAAGGCAGAGCGGAGUCACAGAGACUCGUCCUCGGAGCUGUCCGGUGUCUCGGAUGGAGAGGAGGCCGAAGCUAAGAAGAAAAAGAGAAGUAGUGAGGAGGAGAAAUUCACAAUCAAAUCCAAGAAGAAGAGGAAAAAGAAGCACAAGAAACACAGCAGGAAAAAGAAAAAGAAGGCAGCGUUUCAGUCGGACUCUGAGCUCGAUUAACAGCCGUUCUUUCCAGUUCUCAUGUUCACACGACGGCUCGCUAGUGGUGUCACGUCUGCCUUGGAUUAGCAAACUCAACCUCUCCUACCCAGCUUCAGCCAUCACAUCCACGAGGACACUGGGCUUCUGAGUCCCGUUCCCUCUCUGUGAAAAUACGACUUUGCUCUUUUUUUAUGAUUUUUGAAGAUUUUAUUUUUUUUAGUUGAACUCAAGACUAGGAGGAAGAUUUUUGAUUCUUCCCUCUUCAUUCACACCGGACCUCUUCCAUCGCCACACGAGGCUGUUGAGCUGGUGCCUGUGUCAUGCAUGUAGACCUGAUGUCUCGCCAGCCUCAUAUUGAAGUUGGAGCUUUAAGCUACACACGUACAAAUGGAUUCAGGGGAUGAGUUAACAUUUGCUGUGUAAAUUUAAAAACUACAGAAAUUCAUUGCUAAAGUAUUGCUUAAGCCUAUUUGGCUGUAAGUAGUCAGAACUUGUAGAUAUCGGAUCCAUUUUACAACAUAAUUCUGUCCUGGAUUGGGUUAGUUGAAACCAGAGGUGUCCAAAGUCUUCAAUGACAAGGGUCUAAAUGGUUUAAGACAUGCAGAAAUGAUUUUAUGGUGAAAUGGUUUCAUUUCUACUCCAGUAAAUAAGUCCACCAUAGGCACAUUAGUAGCAAAAUGAACAUAAUGUUAGACGAUAGCAGCAGCCUGUUGGGGGAGUUGGCAAAAUUAAUUAUUCCACAAAUAAAACGGUGAGGAGCAGAAUUAUUUAACAGUCUGCGAUUUAGCAAUUUCUCCCACUUAGAAAUCAUUGAUGGGUCUGAAAUUCACAUUUUAUAAUUUUUAAGAAUUUACUUGUAUUGCUGCACAAACAUAUUUAAAAAAAACUCAAAUCCGAUGAUACUGACAUGGACGUAAUUUUGGGGGGGAACAGGGGGGACAUGUCCCCCCCACUUUUUCCAAAAUCAAGUUUUGACCCCUGCACUUUUUACCAUCCAAAAACAAUAUUAUGCUAUAUUAAAUUGACACUGGUUGAGCUCUAAGACCAAGCGGAAAACAGCCAUUUGUGUUGAAACCUGUUUCCCAUUAGAGCAUACUGUAAAGAUUCCCCCCCCCCCCCCCCCCCCCCGUGUCCACCCCACUUCUCAAGUGAAAAUUACGUCCAUGGAUACUGAUGUUGGUGGUGCUCUAGUAUUAAAAGUAGGAUUCAUUGAAACUAGUUUUUGCUUCCAAAUAGACACGUGUAGGAUUUUUAAAAGUUAUCCUGACUAGUUUAGGAUUUCUAAAGGUUCUGGUCUUUGUACUUGAUCCACCACUACAUACUGUUCACUUGGUUCCUCAGUCUUAAGACAAAGAGAAGUGUCCAAGUGGAGGUGAGUCUAAAAGAAAAACAGAACCAUAUCUGAAAGCUGUCUAAAAACAGGAAGUUAUUCAUCAAAACAGAUUUAACUGAAAAGAUGUGAAGGUCCGAUCUAAAUCUGGUUCUGUGCCGACUUGUCUCCAUCCUUUAAGUUUUCUUUGGGUGAGUAAUAAGUGAGAGUUAAACACCUGGAACCAAAACACCGGGAACCGGACCGAAAAUGAGCCCAAAGUAAAAAGUUACAGAAGAAAACUUGAAAAGAUUCCAACAUCUGAGAGUAAAAUCUGAAGAAAUGUGUGAUGGCCUGAGUCAGAGUGGUGUGCCCUUUUUCGGUGUGAUAUUUUAUGUCGAGCAUUGUUUAUCCUCGGUUUACUUUUACACAGCGGUGUGUUAUGUAGACUCACAUUGUGCAAUCGACCACGAAACCUCUGUUCAUAAGGCUUGUGUUCAAUCUCUGCUCUGUACAAAACACAAAUAAAGAUGCUUUACAACAUGACAAA